UCCAACACAGAGCGGCGAAAGUGCUAACAGCUCCGCACAGAGAGAGAGAGGGAGAGAGAGAGACAGCCCUCCACCUGGAGAGGAAGCCAGGCACCGGGGGCAGGCAUGGCCGCCAACAUGUACCGGGUUGGAGAUUAUGUUUAUUUUGAGAACUCAUCCAGUAACCCGCUGCUGAUCAGGAGGAUAGAGGAGCUAAACAAGACAGCCAAUGGGAACGUGGAGGCCAAAGUGGUGUGUUUUUACCGGCGCAGGGACAUCUCCAGCACACUCAUUGCCCGGCAGACAACAUGCAAGUGAGUGAGGGAGUUGGAAGAGGAGAUGGAGAAUCCAGAGAUGACUGACCUCCCUGAGAAACAGAAACACCAGCUGAGACACAGAGAGCUGUUCCUGUCCCGCCAGCUGGAGUCCUUACCUGCCACACACAUCAGAGGGAAGUGCUGUGUGACCCUACUCAAUGAGACUGAAGCGCUGAAGUCCUACCUGGACAGAGAGGAUGCCUUCUUCUACUCACUGGUUUAUGACCCUCAGCAAAAGACGCUGCUUGCCGAUAAGGGGGAGAUCCGUGUGGGGAACAAGUAUCAGGCAGACAUCACUGACCUCCUCCAAGAAGGUGAGGAAGAUGAUAGGGACCUGACUAAACUAGAAGAGAAGGUCUGGCACCCCAGCAGCUCACUGACAGAGAAACAGAUUGAUCAGUUCUUAGUAGUAGCUCGGUCAGUAGGUACAUUUGCCAGAGCCUUGGAUUGCAGCAGCUCUGUCCGGCAGCCCAGCCUCCACAUGAGUGCUGCUGCAGCCUCCAGAGACAUCACCUUGUUUCACGCGAUGGACACACUCCACACCACAGGCUAUGACAUGACUCGAGCCAUCGCAGCACUGGUGCCGUCAGGGUGGGCCCGUUCUCUGUCGGACGAGAUGGAAGAGUGGAGCGCCUCAGAGGCCAACCUGUUUGAGGAGGCUCUAGAGAAAUACGGCAAAGACUUCACCGACAUCCAGCAGGACUUUGUGAGUAUCCUGACAAGUAUUAUUGAGUAUUACUACAUGUGGAAGACAACAGACAGAUAUGUACAGCAGAAACGGUUAAAGGCAGCAGAGGCAGAGAGCAAGUUGAAGCAGGUCUACAUCCCAAACUAUAACAAACCAAACCCGAACCAGCUCAGUAACAAUGUAAAGCCUCCACUGGUCAAUGGAGCAGCUGCUGCUGGAGUACCAACGGUCCCCGGGCAGCCCCCUGUUCUCAGCAGAGCCUGUGAAAGCUGCUAUACCAGUAGCUCCUACCAGUGGUACUCGUGGGGGCCUCUUAACAUGCAGUGUCGCCUGUGCGCCUCAUGUUGGACGUACUGGAAAAAAUACGGAGGACUGAAAAUGCCCACGAGGCUGGAUGGCGAGAGGCCUGGACCCAACCGCAGCAACAUGAGUCCCCAUGGCCUGCCCUUGCGGCACAGCGGCAGCCCCAAGUUUGCAGUGAAAACACGACAGGCUUUCUACCUGCAGACGACAGGGCAGACGCGGGUGACACGGCGCCUCUGUCAGGACAUCAUCAGGCCCCGUUAUUUAGCGAGGCACCCCUACCUCCCCAUCAACACCGCAGUCAUCAAGGCUGAGUGUGCCUUGCGGUUGCCAGAUGGUCCAAAAAAGCCUUUGCCAUUGAAACCCGUGGACCGUAAACCUUUAGAGUCUGUUGUUCAGUAUUUAGAAGCACAUCCCCGUCCAGCCAAAGUGGACCCACCCACUCGUGGAGUGUCCAUCUCCACAGGCAGCCUGACACCAAUCAAAUCCUCUCCCAUCCUCAACAACAGCUCCCCCACCAUCCUGGGGAAACGCACAUACGAGCAGCACAACGGACUGGACGGCACUAAAUCCAAAGCCCUGACCCCGCAGUGGGACAUCAUGGGUAAACGGAUGAGUGAAAUGGGCCGAACGUCAGGCCUGUUGCAGGACGAGGUGCAUGAACUGGACUGAAGGUUUAUCUGGGAACAAGCUGCACUGCAGAUCCCAGUGAGCAGAGGGGAUAUAAAGUGCGAGAGCAUUUUCUUGUAAACCAUAGCCGAGGGCAGCUGAGGAACACGUGUGGAAGAAGAGACUAAAGUAUUUGCCACUUGGUUCAGUCAUCACAUGUGCCCACCAGGCUGUCGAGGACAGAUUGAUAAUCGAUCAUUUUGUCUGCGGCCAAUCAAAAUGAGCCUGACUGUAUAGGAUUCUGUUUAUUACCUGCAUUUCUAGUUAUUGCUGUCAUUGUAAUUACGGUCACUUUUUGAUUUUAUUUUUAUUUUUAUUUUAUUUUUUUUUAUGAAUUAUAACGCAGCUUAUUGUUUGUUGAUCAAACGAUGGAACUUGAGAAGUUUCAUGAUAAUUGCUUGCAAAACCCUGUGGAAAAGGGUGGAAGGACUGUAACAUAAGCCACGUCUAGCGUAUCUUUCUUUUUUGUUUUUUUUGUUUUUUUUUUAACAAGUUGUAUUCCGUAAGGAGGUGCACUUUCAGUUCGGUGACAUGAGUAAGUCUUUAUCAUUUGUUUUGGUGAAUUUAAGAGUCUUUUGUUUUGUGAUCCAGCCCUGCUUUUCAGAAGUAUAACUUAUUGAGAAAGACUUUCUGUUUUUUCUACCUUUUUCACAAGUAAUACAUCUAUGCUUCAAUAAUGGAAUUAAAAAUGCCAGCCCCCCCACCACCCUUUUUUUUUCUUCUUCUUUUUGGUGUCUGUGCACAGAGGUGAAGGUGUUUAAACACCUACACUGAUUCAGAUUCCUGCUGUACACCGGUAUGCAAACAGGGUAUAUGCAAAACAACUGAUUUCCAUUCCGAACGCUUUACAUAUUCUGUUCCCGAAAAAUAUCAGUGUUACACGACCCAGCAGUGAUGAAAGACUUCUGGGAAUAUAGGAUGUGCAGUGUAACGCUAAUUAUACUGGAAAAUGAUUACGUUGAUGUGGCACUACUGACGAGCUGUAUUAUACAAAAAGUGAUUAGUGUCGGUGUGUGCUAACUUGCCCCAGUCUGCAAGACCUCCACAGACAGGAGAUCCAUAAACGUUUUGGAUUGUCACCAAAAGAGGGCACUGUAGAAACUGUGACUUAGUUUUUGCAUGAUAAAACCUUGCUGUGCAAGCCAAACUAAUUUUCUUCUCGUUGAUUGCCAGAACCUAGAUCCCGAUGAUGAUGAAGGAGCUUAAAGAAGAAGCUAAAUGUGCUUCGAUCCCAUCCCUCAUUUUAGAGGGUGGAGUUAGAAAAGAGUGGCUAGAUGAUAGUUAGCUAACAUGAUCCGUAUAUGCUAACUGCAGUUAACGCUCGCGGUUAGCAACUUUGAUUAAUGUGACCCCAUAUAGUCAUAAAAAUUUUGUUGAAAGUUAAGUUAUUUGAUAAUAAUAAUUAAGUGCUUUGACACAAGAGGUGUCAAAGUGCUUUAAAAUGCAUCAAAACACACAUUAAUUACAGAAAUAAGUUGACAUACACCUUGAGCAUUGACCAAAGGUGUCUUUGGGGCCAGGUCCCUUGGACGGGUCCUGUGGUACAACUGGAAUGACUUUUUGUCAAGUGAACCGUUACUUAUGGAGACUGUGAUGAGGGGUAUCACUUGCAUUGUGAGAUAACGUCAGUUGCGACAUUUUACCCGUUCAACUGCAUGGGAAAGUGUGUCCCAACAUUUGACUGAUACUGUAAUUGGGGGUUUUUAGUCAACAUAUCUGUAAACUUAUGUUCACAAGUAUAUGCUAGCUGAGUGACCACAUAAGCUAAACCAAAUCAAAGUUAGUGUGAUCAUGACUGCUACUCAGCAUUUUAUUUCACAAGGCCUGUCCCUUAUCAAAUGCUCCACAUCGACCUAACAAUUUACAGUACGGAUACGCAUUCGGAAAUCCUGCAAUUCCUGGAAAACUUUCAUCUUUGCUUUUCAAUUGCUGAACAAAUACAAUGUAUUUGCUGAAUAAAUACAAACAAAAUAAUAAAACAUUUUGAAAGCAUAAGUUUAAACAAGAAAAAUGCAAAAGAAAAAAAAGAAUGUACUUUCAUGUCCAGCAUUUUUUCCUUUUUUUUUUUUUUUUGUGUGCGUGUGUUCCAUUGGUACAUAAUGUCAUUGUGGAAUACAGCUUUUCUAAUGCACAAUUGAUGAACACAUCCGUCAUUGUGGUUCUGUCAUUUGCUACAAGAAAAUAUACAAUACCAGUAUUUUGGAAAUGUUUACAAAGUUAUUAAAAAG